UCCAUACCAUUCCUCUAACCUCGAACUCCUGCCUUCUCCGUCGAGUGUCGACGUUAAGAGACCAAACGACCGAUCGUCGGCCGCAGCGAUAGAGAAAAAGAUGUUCUUCUUCUUCGUGGGAGGUUUGGAGCAGCAGGCGGGGCGGGUGCUCAAGGAGAGCGCCGGCCGCUGCAUCCGGUGUGGCUCCUACGCCGACCUGGUGGAGUACGAGAAGGUGCUCAAGCUCUUCUUCGUCCCCGUCUGGCGCUGGCCUGGCAAGGAGCCCACCUUCUACUGCCGCGACUGUUCCUUCCUCUUCCCCAGAUCCCUCCCUUCUGGUCCCUCCUCCGCCGCCGAUGAUGGCCGAGGGGGCUUCCUCGAUGAGGGCGCGCGGCGGCCGUCCGUUGCCGACGCUCUCCGGUGCUACUCCUGCGAUCGCGUCGUCGAGCCCCACUUCCGCUUCUGCCCCUUCUGCGGGGCCGCCCUCUGAAGGAGGCGUCUCCGGCUGUGGUUUUGGGUCUGAGGGUGGAGGAAAGGUGGAACUUUUGGCUAGCUUUGCAAGAGUUAUGGCUUGCUAGGUAUGGUGUUUGGGUGAGAGGGAAGUACCUCGGAACACUCCAUCCCUUGGCAAAAGUGGAGGUGUGAGUAAAUGGUGCAUGAGCAAGGUCUAGAAGAUUAUCCAAAAGAAGCGCAUGCUCAUUUGGGAGCUC